AUGGCCUCGCUCGGCUCAGCCUCUGCGUACCGUGCCGAACGCAUCGGCGCCUAUGGCCAGGGGCAUGGCGAGCCCCGCUUCCAGGGCGAUCGGCGGCACGGCCCCUUUGGGGCACGGGCACAUGAGGCCUUCGGGUACCCAGGGUCCCCAGGCGCCAUGUGCCCCUGCAGCCUGGGCACCUGGGUGCGUGCCCAGGGUGACACCUACCAGGUGGUGGCUGACGUCAGCCAGUUCGAGCCCCCCGACAUCGUGGUGACCACCUCCAACUGCCACGUCGCCAUCCAGGCCGAGAAGGUGGCCGAGGAUGGCACCGUCUGCGACACCUUCACCCACAAGUGUCGGCUGCCCGAGGACACGGACCCACUGUCAGUGAGCUGCGCCCUCACCGAGGCUGGCACGCUGGUCAUCACCGCCCGACGCCGUGCCGGCACCCGCCCUGGAGAGCCUCCGCAGCCGCUGUACCGCAGCGAGGCCACGCUGUGA